GCUGGACGACAUACAGGCAUGCGCGGCACUUGAACCCCCCUGACACGUCUCAGAAGGCUGCAUGGGUGCAGCCAAAGGUAGGAAGUUCAGGGGCCGGUUAUGUGGGGCGAAAGUGGGACGAAAUUGGGAAGUCCUUCCGAAUCACGGGGAGAGAUGCUUCUAGUAUGGCGCGUGGCAUGCCACUCAAGACGGAGCCCCCACAACCGAUUCUUCCGGCCGGUCGUGCUCUGCUGCCGGGUCUGUUGCUACGGCUUUCGGCCGCCGGCUGAAGAAUUGUCGCAUUCCGCCGCGGGAAGGGAACGUGCGGCUCGGUCCGUCAGAUCGCGAUCCACUGCUCUACACGUGUACGUGCGGGAUUUCAAAAGGGGGCUUGGGUACAACGAUCCAGUGGGCUACGUGACCUCACAGACUCGAGAAUUCGUUGGUUGUCACGAUUUGACUAACAAUAGGUCGCAUGGCGGAAGGCCGUUCUCGGUGGUUGCGAUGCGCCAGUCGGCCGGGAGGUUGCACUCGGUAAAUCAGUUGGCGAGGUGGUACUGCGCGGCUAAGAUGAUGAACGCAGGGAUGGCCCAGCCAAGGGUAUUGACUUCCAGGAUCACCAUCGCCCAUUCGCGGUUGCCGGGCUAGGCUAGUUUUGCGUUCCUAAGGCCGUCCGAGGUCGUAACUACUAUGCCCGCGAAGAUAAUGGCCAUUAUGAACCCAGUUUCG